AUGGAUAAUAAAUUGACGAAAAUUCGUCGAACAUUUGCUGCACAACUGACAGCUAAACAUAAACUUAAAUUAACGAUACCAAAUCAUGAUUCAUCGGAGGCAACAUUCGAAUUGUUUCUUCGUGAGAUGCAACAACAAUUACACAAGAAAUUAGCGAAGCAAAACGAACAAUUAUUACACGAAUCAAAUGGAAAUUCACCUCUUUUCAUUCAAAAGAAACAACUUCAAAAGGAUAUCGAAGAUUUUCAACUACUAGAACAACGGCAAGAUGCACGUGCCAUUCAACAACUUAUCGAACGCGUUGAACAUAUGGCAAUGUUCAAUCGAAAACGGGAUAUUGGUGGAAUUGCAUCAUCUAUUCAAUCGAGUCAAUUACCAAAUGAACCGAUCGUCAUGUCACCAAUCAAAUUCAAUUCACCAUUAUGUUCUUAUAGAGCUCUGUGCAGUGAAUUAGUCGAACGUCUAAACUGGCCAGCAGAAGUAUUUGCAUCCGAAUAUGAUCGUUGUUUUUGCAAAACGUGUUAUCCAUUGCCAAUGCCGAAUAUUUGUCAAGUGAAUACCGGAAAUAAAUAUCCAACGAUUAUUCCGAGAAACUGGAUGAAAUUCGGACUUAAAGUAGAUGGUGUUCAGGCUAAAGUUCAUCAAAUCUGGGACAAAUGGGCAGUGUCUUAUCAUGGAACAGUACCAUCGGCCGCGUUGUCGAUGAUAAAACAUCGUCAAAUUUGUUUACCUGGUGAUACACUCUUCGAUGGAACUCGAUUAGCUAUUCGAUUAGGACAUAUUCCUGAUCAAAAGGCAUUUUUCACUUCACCAACUAUACGUUAUGCAGCGCAAAAUCACUACGCAACUUCAAUGGAAUUCACAUCACAAAUAGAUAAAUGUGUUUAUACAGCUAAAAUUGUUCUUCGAUGUCGGCAAAUGCCUGAUUCGUUCACCGUCCAAGGUCAAACAUUAAAUAAUUCACUACAGAAUGAUUCCGACUUUUGUGAUCUCAUUCCCGACGAUGAAAUUGAAUGGAAAACCGACAAACGUGGUAGUGUAAUCUUCGAUGGACUAUGCGUUCAUUUGAAAAAAGUUCUCACUCAUGAGAAUAACUUUCAACAAACAACUGUUCACUACUGA